AUUCAGGCAAGUGGAGGCGAUGUAUGCGUCAGAGCGGGGAGAAAGUGCGCUCGUUAAGAGAAGAGUCAAACCCCGGUAACAGCACAGACGGAGGCGGAGAUACGGACUCAACAUAUCACCAAAACCACAUGCGUCGCGUUUGGGACAUUUUUUACACGAUCAUUCGAAUUAAUGCGGGAAUUACGGCUGUUUGUAAGCUUACUUGUUUCUUGUGGUACACAGCAAGGACCGUUCGAAGAUACAGAGUAGAAUGACAGUUCUAGCGAUCAGCGCAGUUCUCUAAGUGCGUAAACCAGAGAUUUUGGAGAGGAUGAUCGCACAUCACUCGCCUUAGAUCCACGCAACAGCCACAGACAAACUGGAAAUUUCUACAUUUUUUUGCAAUGGGCGGUGAAAGCCCUAAAACAUCAAAUAUAUUGUUUUCCUAAAGUUGGCAUCUCUUGAAAAAGAACGGAUUCCUUUCUUCUGAAUCUGUGAAAGAAAAGCGCAUCAAAGGUGUUGGUUGUUGUAUGGCAAUAGAAUGGAGAUGUGGUGUGGAUGCUGAAGGCAGUCAGGAUGCUGAUGCUGAGAGUUGCGUGGGCUCUAGCGGGAGCGGCGAUCUGCUGUUUUCUCAUCAUUCUCAUCCACUCUCGCUUCCUACGAGAAGGUCAACUGGCAGCAGGCACCUGUGAGAUUGUCACUCUAGACAGAGACAGCAGUCAGCCACGCAGGACGAUUGCCAGACAGACGGCCCGCUGCGCAUGUAAGAAAGGACAGAUUGCUGGGACAACGAGAGCCAGGCCGGCCUGCGUGGAUGCUCGUAUCGUGAAGACCAGGCAGUGGUGUGACAUGGUGCCCUGUCUAGAGGAUGAAGGCUGUGACCUGUUAGUAAACAAAUCAGGCUGGACUUGUACACAGCCCAGUGGCAGAGUGAAAACUACAACGGUGUCCUAACAGUGGGAGGGGUUCCUGGAGCGCUACAAGACGAGGCCUCUUGCAGCUUCGCCCACCUGCUGUAGAUACUUGCUAUGUCUCAUCGGCUUAACACCUGCCUCUGCCUACCUGUCUGUGUCUCGGCUUUGUAAAUGGGCAGCACCCUCUUGUGCCACGGAGAGCAUACUGUAUGUUCACAAAGCGCCUCACGGAUGGUGGUACAGUAGGAGCCUUGAGGACUUUAAGGGCGCAGCACAGGACAAUGAGGCACCUACCCUGUCUGAGACUGAACCAGACACAGGCUUUAUGGGGCUCCACCAGUGGUUCUGACCUGAUCCGAGACUGUGAACCUAACUGCUCUGUGAAACGGCUUUCUGCUGGAAGAUGUUUUUGGCGCUCAUACAGACCAAAGAGGAAAAAUAAUACGCAAAUGAAAAAAAAAUGCAUUGAUUAUAUGA